UUUAAUUCGAUAAAAAAUUAUUUCUGAAAAAUCUUUUUACACAUGCACAUCUGUAUGUUAAUUAUUACGUAAGAUAGUCAAUCAAUAGUUUAUUAUCAUAUUUCAUUGUCGCGUGUCUCGUGAUGUUUUAUUACGUAAAACUUAUUUCGCAACUCGCGACGAACAAAACGAUCUGUCGAUUAACGACGAGUGAUCAAAUUCCAUCGGAGGUAGGGCUCGUUCGAAGAAAGUGACGGACUCUUCACAAAGUGGGGAGAAAGUGACCUAGAGAAGUCCGGGCGAUACGACUCCCCGGCAUCGUCCUCAAAAUCUUUUCUUCCCAGUAGUCCGUGACAUACGACUGGGUGUGGAAUGCUCGUGAUUAUCAUCAAGUGAUUAGACGUUCGACGAUUUUCCGUGCGCGGGCCACACGUGAGUGCAGAACCACGCGAUGACGAUUAACACGGCUGUAACACAUUUACUUUCUUCGCUUGUCGUGUUAGCGACCAUCAAUACGAUAUUUGCCGUGCCAUCAUCAUUGUCCCACAAUCAGCUAAUAGAUUCACCCGUUGUUACGAUGAAUCAUGGUUUAUGGGCGGAAAUUCUUGAAAAUUGGGUUACUCUUCAGUCCAACAAUUCUCGUGCCGCACGUGCCAUAACAGUUGGUAAUAAAACUGUGUCGGUGUCAACUAAGAUUUCCACAACAAAUAAGAGGGACGUUUCCGAAACUGACCUUUAUCUACUUGGUGCCAUUGAGAAGUUGGUGUACAGAGUAGAUCAUCUCGAAAAACGAAUCAGAAGAGCGGAAGAAUUGUUGUACUACGUUAUUGCUGGAAACAACAAAAUGAAAGAACCUUGUCCCGACAAUUACACGAGAAUGGGCCAAAAUUGCUACCACUUUAGCAACCGCGAUUUCAACUGGAAAUCAUCGGCCAGUCUUUGUCGCGGAAUGGGCGGACAUCUGGUCGAGUUCGAUACGAUCGAAGAGAGUCAGGACGUUAUUGCCGGGCUGAUGUCAGAUUCUAAGUUGAAGGGCAAGAAUUUCUGGACAGGAGGUUUAAAUCCAGGACUUCUGUGGAUCUGGGCGAACAGUGCCAGACCGGUCCAUCAAGAUACAAAACAGUCCGUCAUUGGUGAUGGCAGGUGUUUGAAAUUAACGUUUAACGCUUCGUCGAAAAUUUAUUCAUACAGAGGCGAGGAUUGUAGCUCGAGACAAAGAUAUAUCUGUGAACUGACAGUCGAUGAUGAAUCGGCGAACAAGAUCGAAAGAACUGCAAGAUUAUUAAUCGAUAAAGAUAAUUAGUUAAGACUAUGAGUAGAAAAAUAAAACAAAUAUGAAGAAAAUUAUUUUGUAAAUAUAAUGUUUUUAAUCAUUUAUAUAUUGUAGUUAUAAAAAUAACUAAGUACACAAUUGCGCUCAUUUCUGUUUCAAUACACAAGAUGAACUUUGAACUUCU